AUGGACCCCUCACAAGUCACAAAUAAAAUCCCUCCCCUCAAAGACCUCACCAUCGACAACAUCACCGAGAACGUCAUCCGCAUCAACUCCCUCUGCGAAGACGCCCGCAUGAAAUACGUCCUCGAACGGCUGGUCUCCCACCUGCACGACUUUGCGCGCGAGACGCGCCUCAGCACCGCCGAGUGGAUGGCUGGUAUUCGGUUUCUGACUGAGGUGGGCAAGAUUUGUAGUGAUGUGCGGCAGGAAUUCAUCCUCCUCUCCGACAUCCUCGGUCUCUCCCUCCUGGUCGACUCCAUCGACCACCCCAAACCCCCCGGGUCGACAGAGGGCACUGUCCUGGGCCCCUUCCACACACACGAAGCGCCCGAGCUCAACCACGGCGAGGUGAUGUCUCACGACCCCAACGGCGAGCCAAUGCUGGUGCUGUGCACUCUGAAAGACACAAACGGCAACCCGAUCCCGGACGUCAAGAUCGACGUCUGGGAGACGGAUUCCUCGGGCCACUACGACGUGCAGCACGCGGAUCGCAAGGGUCCGGAUGGGCGAUGCAUCCUGCGCAGCGACCAGAACGGCAAUUUCUGGUUUAAGGCUAUCAAGCCCGUUCCUUAUCCGAUUCCGCAUGAUGGGCCUGUUGGGAAAUUGCUCAAGAAGCUCCAUCGGCAUCCGUACCGUCCGUCUCAUAUCCAUUUUAUGUUUGAGAAGGAGGGUUACGAUCAUUUGAUCACAGCCCUCUACCUCCGCAACGACCCCUACGAAAGCUCCGACGCCGUCUUCGGCGUCAAAAACACCCUCGUCGUCGACCUCGGCAAAGUCGACGCCGACCUCGCCGCCAAAUACGACAUCGCCGAGGGCGCAUGGCUGCUCACCUACGACUUUGUCCUCGUCUCCGAGGCAGAGACCAGUGCGCUGCGCGAUCGCAACUCGCAGGUUGCGCUGGACAAGUUGGGGAGGAAAGUGAAGAUUGUGAAUGGGUUGCCUGUGCCGGAUUUGGAUUGA